UCCCGAGGGCUAGGCCAUACAAAUUAGGGUUUUCAUCUCCUUUCUCACUCUCUGCCUCCCUGCUCCCAAACCCUAACCUUAGACCUAGCUAGCUCACAAUGGCCGUCGGGAAAAACAAGAGGAUUUCCAAGGGGAAAAAGGGAGGAAAGAAGAAGGCAGCCGACCCUUUUGCUAAGAAGGACUGGUAUGACAUUAAGGCGCCUUCGAUCUUCAGCGUCAGAAAUGUUGGCAAAACCCUUGUUAGCAGAACUCAGGGAACCAAGAUUGCCUCUGAAGGGCUCAAGCACAGAGUGUUUGAGAUUUCCCUGGCUGAUCUUCAGAACGAUGAGGAUCAUGCCUACAGGAAGAUCCGACUGAGAGCUGAGGAUGUGCAAGGAAAGAAUGUCCUCACAAACUUCUGGGGAAUGGACUUUACAACAGACAAGCUGAGGUCUUUGGUGCGCAAGUGGCAGACAUUGAUUGAGGCUCAUGUGGAUGUUAAGACAACAGAUAACUACACCCUGAGGAUGUUCUGCAUUGCAUUCACAAAGAAGCGUCAAAACCAGAACAAGAAGACUUCAUAUGCCCAAUCCAGUCAGAUCCGUCAGAUCCGCCGCAAGAUGAGGGAGAUUAUGACAACCCAAGCCGCAUCCUGUGAUCUGAAAGAGUUGGUGAGAAAGUUCAUCCCUGAGAUGAUUGGCAGAGAGAUUGAGAAGGCAACUUCAAGCAUCUAUCCUCUACAGAAUGUCUUCAUUCGAAAAGUCAAGAUCUUGAAAGCUCCCAAAUUUGAUCUGGGAAAGUUGAUGGAGGUUCAUGGUGACUACUCUGAAGAUGUUGGUGUGAAGAUGGAGAGGCCAGCUGAGGAAACAGUAGCAGAAGUUGAGACUGAGGUUGUUGGAGCCUAAUUAAAUUUUCGGACUGGAUUGGCAUUUUCAGUUAGAAGUUCAACUAGAUGAAGUUUUGCCCUUUUCUUUGUUGAGAUUGAGAUGCAGACUAGCAUGACUUGAAAGAAAUUAUGGAACAUGGUUUUUGCUUUCAUGGUUACAUGUGCUUUUUUCAUAAAUUACAUUUAUAUAACUCUAUUUUCUGCCAAUUGCAUGAUGUUCUGUUA